AGGGAGAGGCUCAGUAAGAAUGCAUUCCUUUUGAGAUCAUGUCUCUCACACCCUUAAAAAGCAGGUGAGGAGAAGUUAAACCGGACAGAAGUUAAACCACGUCGUCUAUUACUUUGUAUCACGAAGAAUCCCUCCCAACCAAAAAUGUCAGACUUCUGGAAUGACUUGCAGAAUUUUGCUCGUGCCCCCACAGCAGCGUCAGGGGAGAGAGGUACUAUUAAAGCCAAAGCUAACUUCAACGUGAGUGAAGAUGUCGCAGCUCUCCGUAAAGCACUUGAAGGCAUAGGUACAACUGAGAAGAUGCUGAUUGACAUACUGACUCACAGGAGCAGCAGUCAGAAGCAGGCUAUUGCAAAGGCAUAUCAAGAAGCUACAAACAGGAUUUUAGUUAAUGACCUGAAAGGUGACACCCGGGGCAGCUUAGAGAAUCUGCUUGUUGCGCUUGCAAGAACUCCUGCAGUCAAUGAUGCUAAAUGGAUAAAUAAAGCGAUCAAAGGGGCUGGAACGGACAAAGCCAUCCUGAUAGAAAUACUUGCCUCACGGACAAAUAAACAGAUCAAGGAGCUGUCUGCCGCAUAUGCUGAGGAAACAAAGAAAACACUGGUACAGAACCUAAAGUCAGAAGUUUCAGGGGAUUUUGGCAAAGCCAUUCUUCUGCUUGCUGAGUGUGCGAGGGAUGAAAGCACCAGUGUGAAUGCAGACAAGGCUAAAGAGGAUGCAAAGGUCCUCUAUCAUGCAGGCGAGAAGAAAGUAGGAACUGAUGAGUCCAAAUUCAUUGAGAUCCUCUGUAAAAGGAGCUUCCCUCACCUGAGACAAACAAUAUUGGAAUAUAAAAACAUCAGUGGCAAGACUUUGCAGAAGAGCAUUGAGAAGGAAAUGUCUGGAGAUCUGGAGGAACUGCUGGUUACCAUUGUAAAGUGUGCGUUGAGUACUCCUGCAUACUUUGCCGAAAAACUCUACAAAAGCAUGAAGGGAGUAGGUACAGAUGAAACCACUCUGACCAGAGUAAUGGUCAGCCGUGGAGAGUUUGACAUGCUGGACAUCAGAGCUGAAUACAUGAAGAUCUAUCGGAAAUCACUCUACAAGGAAAUAAGUUCAGAUGUAUCUGGCUGCUACGGCGACUGCUUGAAGAUGAUUUGUGGAGGAGAAGACUAGAAGAGGAAGAACCCUCAUGGGAUACUUUAUAAAAUGGUUUCAUUAAUAGCGUUUUUGCAGCUGUCUUGAGAAAUAUAUCACUUAUAUUUACAGUUUACUCCAGAUAGAGGUACACAGUGAGAUUGAUAUUGAUUCAUGGUAUUUAAAACAUAUUCUUUGUUUUUGUCUACACCACAACUUUUUGGUAGUGAAUGGCGCCUCGCAACAGCAGGCAUGACUUUAAUGGUUAUAUGAAAACAUGAAACAUUAAAAAUGUGUUGAUGAAUCAUAAAUGUUAAAAUUGGUAUGUAAAAUAUGCAGAUUUUAUGGAAUUACAUUCUUUUGUUCUACAUAUUUUAUUUUAUUUUAUUUUUUAUUUUUUGAGGAAAAAAUACCAAAUUUCUGUCCUUUAUGCAUUAUGUGCAUCAGCAGAGUAUUUUAAUACACUGCCAAAGGAUCUGUUAUUUUAACACUGAUCAACAAAACGUAUUUUUUGUUUCAUAUGGGUUUCAUUUUUUUCCAUUACCGAGUCUUAAAUCCUUUUCACAAAAAGUUUCAAAGGUUUAAAUUUCAGUUUUUGGUGCUAUCAUUUAUGAUAAAAUAAUCAAAAGGAUGCCUGUAUGUGUACAUUUUAACAACAACAAAAAAAAAAAUUAAUAAACCUAUUCCUAAUAUAUGGAAAACA